UAAACAUUGCGACGUGACCCGCAGAGCUCCUCAGUGAGGCAAUAGCACGUCAGCGGGAGGGAGGUCGAGUGUAGUCCAUAGUUGAUCUUAUUACCACAAGACUGGAAUUACCCGACAACAUUAAAGACACGCACACUUUUACGGUGAAGCAGUGUCCCGUUCAGAAAGGAGAAGACGCUGUCCUGUCGCUCUGACGUCUGCCAUUACCAACGCACUCCCGCUAGCCGUGGCAGCUAGCGCGAGCUAGCUAAGUUAGCUGUUACAUACCCUCGCUUUUAGCACGCAGCUGACCUCCACCACAACACAGACCUCCUGAGUAACAUUUGCUUACUACGACGGGGUCGACAUUCCCCCGUCUCUUCACUUACGUUCCCGUUGCCCCCUGUGUGGUGCCCCGUGGACGCUUCCCGAAUAUGAUCCACAAUGAGUCAAAGAGAUACCUUAGUUCAUCUGUUUGCUGGAGGAUGUGGGGGCACCGUAGGAGCCAUAUUGACUUGUCCACUGGAAGUAGUGAAGACCCGUCUCCAGUCAUCCUCCAUCACCCUCUAUGUGUCUGAGGUUCAGCUCAGCACUGUCAAUGGGGCCAGCGUGGCCCGUGUGUCUCCACCGGGCCCCCUGCACUGUCUCAAAUUGAUAUUGCAGAAAGAGGGACCUCGAUCUGUCUUCAGAGGCUUGGGGCCAAAUUUGGUGGGUGUGGCACCUUCCAGAGCAAUCUACUUUGGUGCUUACUCCACUGCCAAAGAGAAACUGAACGGCGUGUUGGAACCUGACUCCACACAGGUGCACAUGGUGUCGGCUGGAAUAGCAGGUUUUACAGCCAUCACCGCAACCAAUCCAAUAUGGCUCAUAAAGACGCGUCUACAGCUGGAUGCAAGGAAUCGAGGCGAGCGAAGGAUGAGCGCUUUCGAGUGCGUGCGUCAGGUGUAUCAGACAGACGGCUUUCGGGGCUUCUACAGAGGGAUGUCGGCAUCCUACGCCGGCAUCUCAGAGACUGUGAUCCACUUUGUGAUCUAUGAAAACAUUAAACGGCGCCUCCUGGAGGCCAAGGCACCACAGAAUAUGGACGAGGAGGAGGAUUUGACAAAAGAUGCUUCAGACUUUGUGGGGAUGAUGCUUGCUGCUGCCACCUCCAAGACUUGUGCCACAUCUAUUGCUUACCCUCAUGAAGUGAUUCGCACGCGACUACGCGAAGAAGGCAACAAGUACCGCUCUUUCUUCCAGACGCUAACGACAGUGCCCAAAGAGGAGGGCUUCCGCGCCCUGUACCGCGGUCUCACCACCCACCUGGUACGCCAGAUACCCAACACGGGCAUCAUGAUGUGCACCUACGAGCUGGUAGUCUACCUCCUGAACGGUUAAAGCCUCCCCACCCCACCCCCCUCCCUCCUCUAUUUGGAGAAAGGAGACCCAGAGCACCUGCACACCAGCUAGCACAGCUAACAGCCUGCUUCCAGAGACAGCACCUCAACUGCUGUCUUGGUGACACAAGACAACACGAGCGGUCGUUCAUAAAAAAGUCUGGAGUUUUGUUGUAUAGACGAAGAAGGAGUGUGAGAAAGAUCUUUGCGUUGGUUUGGGCAUCGAGGUUUAGCAGUGGCAAAGAAGUAGAUCCCCUAUUUUCACUUUUAUUCCAUCCUUUUCUCCAUUAUGACGUAAACUUUCUUCCUUAUGAAGAAAGAAGCUAACUUCCAGCAUAUUCUAUCUCUUAACAUUACUAAUAAUGAAGCUCCGUAAUACCAAGUGAGCAUAGAACCAUCUUAAGUAAAAAGCUUAGAUCCAAUCCUCAUGAUCACUUUCUUUUAAAAACAGUUUAGCUCUAGUGCAUAGUCCUCCACAUAUCCCUCAGAGAACCAGCAGAAAUGCAGAAUACAAAGGCCCCGAAGUCGAUAGCUCAUCUCGAUGUGCAUCACAGAGGUCCUGAGAGCGAGGAGGAAUCGGGGGUUUGUGGCUCACAGAGGGGUGGAGGGAGGUGGAUGGAAGAAGACGUGCCUUGUGUGAAGACCGUUGAGCAGCUGGAGAUGCAUCUCUGGCUGAUCUAGAACAACAAAACGUCAAGUCAUACACUGGUGUUGUUUGAUUUCAGGUGCCCUCAGUCACCGUUUUUACAUAUCAUGAAGGUAAAUGCAGUCACCUGCUGGUUUUCAGCAUCCCUCACACUGACUCUGUUAUCAUCCAAAUGAUUCAAUUCUGUAAUCUCACCAAACUAAACAACAGUAUAAUCCACCGCUCUAAAUGCUGCUGUGGUUCAUGGUGUGAAGUAAAAAACAGUAGAGGUAACUAAGCUUAACAGACUGUGGCAUAGAUGCAGAUAAAUAUACGAAAUAACUACCUAACGUGAUUGUAUUUGUCGGGCCAAUUUAGUUGAGAUGCAGACGUGUAGUGUGUUUUCUUUACUGGAGCACUUGGUAGUUGUUACCUUUCUCUCAGAAAACGUUAUUGUUCAAUAGCGGCUUUUCUUUCUCCAUAGUGCUCAUCUCAUUGUACUCUAAUUUUUAUUCCCUUAGCUGGAAAAUCCAGGCUAGUUUUCCAGGCGAGGACAAUCCUCUUGAGUUUACACUGGAACACUUGUUGUACAGCUUAGCCAGCACGUGGAGGAGGUCGGCCAGGAAUAUUCUGUGUCAUAAAACACACAUUAAUUAACUGCAGUUUAAAAACAAAAAAGAAGUUUGUU